AUGGUGACCGUAGGUCAGGAGAAAGCUGAAAAAGAGUCGAGAUGGAAAAUGCAGUUGGAGAUCCAGGAGCGAAGCAGAUGUGCAAGGACGCUCAGGAGGGGGAUAAAUAGUGCAAUAAGGGGUUGCACAAGGGGGUGA